AAUCACGCACGAAUUCAAAAAAAUCACGUUGAAUUCAACACUUUGAUUCUUGCAAGAGACGCUAUGAAGAAGAUUAAUUUUUCCUUAAAUAUUCGCACAGUACGCGUUAAAAGCACGCAUAAUAAGCAGGUAGACGCGCUUCACUCUUGAAUUAUAUCUUUCGACUGGCGUUUUGAGCACAUUCGAUAUAAUGAAUAGAGCUUAUUUGUUACAUAUAUUAUUUAUACAUACGUAUUUCGUAGUUUUGUCUAUUUUUUUCUUUUUUGAAAGUGCUUCCAAUUCGAAUAAGUUACUUGGCACAUUUACUACUAAGCUCUUGACAGGUUUUAGAUCAGGUUAUGAAGGGGAUGGACCAUAUGUGGUUAGCGCGUGCGCGUGCAAUCUUUAACGUGCGUAAAAACUGAUCUUCGUCGUCACGUGCAUCUCUUGUGGUCUCUUUUACCGCGCGAAAGAAGAUUGAUUCUGUUUAAUGAUAAUAUUGACAUGUCUCGAUAAGAUGAGUAAGAAAUUGAAAUUGGAUGUCAUCUCGACAUCGAGAUCUUUACGUUCGGGAAAAUCCCUCGCAACCUUAUCAGAGAAAACGUCGCCUUACUUUGCCGAUGAGAAAACAUCAAAGACUAUAAAGACUGGUGCGAAGAAACGUUUGCCGAUAAAGAUCGAGUACGAUGCAACAGAAGAUGGAAUAAAUGUUGAAAAUACUGAUGCGACAUCAGCUAUCGAGACACAGAGCCAAAAUGUCAAAGAAUCAUCGGCGUUAAAAACUGUCAAAACCGAAGAAUGCGAGAUGAAAGUUGAGAGUAUUGAGGAAUCAACGGAUUCGAAAAAUAUCAAAGAUGAGAAACGAUGGAUGCCACCGAAUUGGGAGACUAUUUUGGAAAAUGUCAAAGAAAUGAGGAAGCAUAAGACAGCCCCAGUUGACGACAUGGGCUGUCACAAAUGUGCAGAUCCUAAUGCCAGUCCAUCAGUAUCCAGAUAUCAAUCAUUAAUAGCUCUAAUGUUGAGUAGUCAAACAAAGGAUCAGGUCACACAUGCUGCUAUGCAACGUCUUAACACUUAUGGUUGUAAACCAGAUAUAAUUGCAGCUACUCCUGAUGAUGUUCUAGGCAAGCUUAUAUAUCCAGUUGGAUUUUGGAAGAGAAAGGUGGAAUACAUAAAAAAAACAUCAGUUAUUCUUCUAGAUAAAUAUGAUGGUGACAUCCCAAAAACAAUAAAAGAAUUGUGCGAGUUACCAGGAGUAGGGCCUAAAAUGGGUCAUAUAUGUAUGCAAAUUGCAUGGGGAGAAGUGUCUGGUAUUGGUGUAGACACACACGUCCACAGGAUUUGUAAUAGAUUAGAAUGGAUGAAAAAGCCAACUAAAACACCAGAGGAAACGAGAAAUGAGCUAGAAGAUUGGCUUCCUAAAUCUCUGUGGAGCAAGAUAAAUUAUCUUCUUGUAGGAUUUGGACAAGAAAUUUGUCUACCUCGAUUUCCAAAAUGUGAUGAAUGCCUCAACAAGAAUAUUUGUCCAUAUGCCUCAAAAAAUAGUGGAAAGAAGAAAAAAUCAUAAAUUCACAUAUUUAUAUAUUA